AUGCACCGGCACUUGGUAAGCGCUCCAAAGGCAGAUUGGCUGUUCUCGACGCCCAACCUUAGGAGCUGCCGAAGCUCGCCUUUGGCCUGUGGCUGCCUUCUGAGCGCUGCAGACGGCGCCGGCGAGGGGGGGCCUGGGACGGUGCUGCUGGCUCCUGGCCCUCUGCAGCUCGGCCUGUGGCAGGAGAGCGAGCUCUGCCGCGGCAGACGCCUGGGGAUGAUGCCACAGCUGCAGUUCAAAGAUGCCUUUUGGGUGAGUGGAAACAGCGGGGGGCGUCGAACAAGCCGGGGGGCCCAGCCAGGUGGGAAUUUCCCAUGCCUUUAUGAUAAACUGGUAAAUGCAUCGGUUUCAAAUGUCAAGGAAUCCAAAGCUUCUGAAAAACCAUUUGUAGUUGCUAGUCUCUGGGUUGGCCUUUUUAGUGGUCAAUUAUUGGCCAAAUUAGCAAAGAGUCACUUCCAAGAUAUUAAGAAUGAGAGUGGAGAUGUUGGAGAUGUGAUAUAUCCAACAAAAACUGCAAGAGUUGCAUACGUAAUAUUCAAAGAAAAAAAAAAAAAAGUUGCAGAGAAUGUCAUCAGACAAAAGAAACACCAUCUGGGAGAGAAGGCUGGUUGUGCUCUCGUAGUCUCUCAUUUUAGUAAAAAUUUCUUCAGCUCUCUAAAUGCUAUCCUUGACCUUUCUGUUUUCUGGAGUCAAGUUACUCUAGAAAGUCUGGUAAUAGACUUAAAAAAGAAAAUCCAAACAUUAAGCUUCAGUCCUUUGGAACUCAAUGGAAGAAUCUCCAUGGAAGGACCAUUUCUGGCUAUCGAGAAGCUCAAAGAAUCUUUGCUAUUAAAAUCACUCAGGACAUUAGUACCUGAGACUACUGGGAGUGGAGAAACACUUGUGCUCAACACAGAUAUUUUCCUUUAUCCAAAACAAAAGUGUGGGUUUUAUGAAAGCACACUGAACAAAUUCCAUAUUCUAAAUCACGAGCGAGUGGAUGGUGAAAUCACCACCAUUUGUCUAAAAAAUGCUCAAGUUGGUUCUCAGCCAAACAACGCAAAGCAUGAGAAAGAGUUUCACCUUGAGCUUAGAAAAGAGACAUUUAUUUGGGGACAAAGGAAAAUAGAGAGAAAACAAAUAUUGAAUGAGCAUGUGAAAAACUAUGUUCGAGAUACCUAA